CGAAAUUAGCACAAAAAAAGUCAUCUUUGAUUGUCAUGUAAAUUUUUUCAGUAACAUCAAGAAGAAAUGAACUAAGGAUUUAAAGCCUCGCGAAGCUGGUUAGAGCAGGUCAAAUCUAAUCCAUUCAUUGCCGAGUCUUAUUUUGACAUUUAGCUAUGUCUGAUUUAUUUACUAAAGUCAGCUGUACUUACUGUCAAGAAGAGAUAAACAAUGUGAGAGUAAGAUGCUGUAUCUGCCCAGAUUUUGACAUAUGCCUCCAAUGUUUUUCUAUCGGGGCGGAAAUAGGGCCCCAUAAAAGUGACCAUGCAUAUCAGUUAAUGGAUCCCUGUUCUGCAAGUAUAUUUGGUGGCAGGGGAGCUUGGACUGGAGGAGAGCAUUUACUGUUGUUGGAUGCUGUUGAAUUGUAUGGAUUCGGUAAUUGGGAGUUAAUAAGUGAACAUGUAGAAACUCGUAGUGUAGAAGAAGUAAAAGAAGAAUACAUAGCCCGUUAUGUAGAUGGAAAUCUAGGGAAAGUUACGAUGACUAAUCCGAAUCUCAAAAAGCCAGUUUUAGUUGAUCAUACUGUAGAUGAUGAAGCAUCUAUGACACCAGCACCUCCAUUAGAUGUUACACUGGAAGAAGCCAAUCUGUUAGGGUACAAACCAUAUAGAGAUGAUUAUGAAAUGGAGUACAAUAUGGAUGCUGAGGGUUUAGUAUCGAAACUAAGCUUAGACCUUGAAGAGGACAGUGGUGUAGAAAUAGUGUUAAAGUUAAUGAUAGUAGACAUGUAUAUGCGAAGACUGAAAGAAAGAACUCGGCGGAAAAAAAUAGUCAAAGAUUAUCAAUUAGUAGCUAAAUAUUUCGAAAAUCUUAGAAUGGAUCCAUACAAAGCACAGAUAACUAAAGAUCAAAGAGAAUUUAAGGAUAAAUUUCGAGUUUUUGCCCAAUUCAUGCCGCCGGCCGAUUACGAACGAGUAACGUCCAGCCUUGAAAAGGAAAAAGAACUUCGUCAUCGGUUAUCAGAACUCACAAGGUACAGAAGUCUUGGUCUUCGAACUCAGGAAGAAAUUAACCAGUAUGAACAGCAUGUGGUACAGAGGCAGAACAACGAACCUGGUACCAGCAGCAUGGUGCAACUGGAAUUUCAUCAAAAUGGAAAUAGUGAUGAGCAAGAUAUUCCGAUGGAUAUAAUAUCUGGAGAAACAGAAACGAAUGGGUGUUCUUCCAGUUCCAAUAUCGAUCUGUCUCCAGUAGAUGCAUCCACAUUGCGAUACCAUCCCAUGGGAAACCUUUUAUCGGAAAACGAAAUAAAUCUUUGUGCCAACUUGAAUAUUCGUCCUGUUCACUACACAACUUUGAAAUUGAUGAUUAUUCAGGACAAUCUAGUGAGCCCCGGUAAGUACCGAAACUUGCCGGCAGAGGGAGAAGAAGGGAGUGUUAAAGAAGCCAUAACUCAGUACCUAAGCACCAGCGGAUGGUUACCAAAUAUGUCGUUCUGACAAUGCGACGACUUUAUGGACUUUGAGGAAUUGUGGAAUUGGUUGCAGACGUGAAAGGUUAUUAUUCUAUAGAUACUCAAUAAUUGCCGCUUCGCAAUCGACGGUUGGGGCGCUGGAUAGAAUAUUGUGAUUUCUCUUCUGUAUACAUACUUACCUGGUCGUUAUACAAGAUAUUUAUGGCUGUUAUAGGGAUAUGCAGUUGUGUUUAUUGUACCAAAUAUUGAUGGAAUAAACUUUUGACCAUGUUA